AAAGCAAAGGCCAUUAGAGAACAGAAACACGAGAGAAAAGAAUGGGGACGGAAAAAGGAACAACUUAUUUAGUAUCCUCUUUUUUCUUCACCAUUAUCUUAACUAUUGUCUGUCAACGGACCGUCAAAGCUCAGUCUUUGCCGCCGGCGAAGUACGAUGGGUUCUUGUACACCAACCACCGAGUUGACUCGGACACGAUUAUGAUCGAGACUUUCUUCGAUCCGGUCUGUCCCGAUAGCAGAGACGCAUGGCCUCCUCUCAAGCAAGCUAUUCAUCACUAUGGUUCUCGCGUUUCGCUCAUAGCUCACCUCCUCCCGCUGCCUUACCACGACUAUGCAUUCUCUACUUCCCGGGCCUUGCACAUUGUAAACCUGCUCAACCCUUCUGCCACUUUCCGAUUGUUGGAGUCUUUCUUCGAAUAUCAGGGGAGGUUUUACAAUGCCCAAACAAGCAACAAGUCUAGAGAUGCUGUUGUGGAUGAAAUCAUAAAGCUUGCAGCAGAAACAGUCGGGAACUCCUAUUAUUCUGCAAUUGAAUCAGGUUUCAAUGACCGGAAGACUGAUCUUAAAACAAGAAUUUCUUUCAAGUAUAGUGCUUCAAGAGGGGUGUUUGGAACACCAACUUUCUACAUCAACGGAUUUGCGGUGCCUGAUUCCGGCUCCGCAAUUGAUUAUAAGCAAUGGAGAAGCUUCAUUGAUCCAUUGCUUCUGGCACAGAGCAGAAAGGGAGACGAUUUGCCGCACUCUUUAUGAGGAUUUUAGCUUUUCCAUUCAAGUCCUAUUUGCUUGAUGCAUCUCAGUGAACCCUGUAAUAAUAAUAAUAAUAAUAAUGCACGUUUAUGCUUGAUGUUCUGUAAUGGCUGCCAAAGGCUUGGAUAGUAAAGUAAAUAAAGAAUUAGGUUUGUGCCA